CCAAAAUUUAUAACCCUGUCAUCCAUAAUACCCAUCAACCCCCCCAUCAUCCCCACCACCCCAAACAUCAACUCUAAAACCAAGAACCACAACUCCCCGCAAAUCCCCCAAUCACCCAUCCCAAACAAACUUGGCACAGCCUCCACAACACUUGCGCCCCACCGCCAUAUGGCAUCCGCCUCCGCCGCCGCCACGGCGCCUGACCCCUCAUCCCCACCACCAAGCACGCACCGCCUCCCAACCCAGACAGCAGCACAAGCCCUCGCAGCGCAGCGAGCGGAAGAGGAUGUGAAGAUGGGGGUGGAGGGGUUGGAUGCGCUGUUGGGGGUGAGGAGGGGGGAGGUGAUGGAGGUUUUUGGGGCGCCGGGGGUGGGGAAGAGGGGGUUUGGAUUACAAUUUGCUGUUGCGGCGUUGAGGAGGGGGGAGGGGGUUGUGUGGGUUGAUGCCGGCCAUCCCCUCCCCGGACCACGCCUUGAAGCUGUCCUGUCCGCCUCCCUCAGCACACCGACUUCUGAAGCAGCAUCACAACCGCCAUCACAACCGCCAUCACAACCGCCAUCACAACCGCCAUCACAACCGCCAUCACAACCGCCAUCACAACCGCCAUCACAACCGCCAUUACAACCGCCAUCGCAACCGCCCCACCUAUCACCCCCAUCCCCUCCCACCGCAUCCACCCUCCUCAAAAACCUCACCACCUUCACCCCCCCAGCCCUCCCCCACCUCCUCGCCCUCCUCUCCCAUCCCCUCCCCCCACAGACAAGCCUUCUAAUCCUCUCAUCCCCCUCCUCUCUCCUCCCCCCACCCCCCACCCGUCAACACCCCCCCUCCAGCUCAAGCUCCAACCCCAUAACCCCCCUAAUCAACGCCCUCCGCCGCCUCGCAGCAACCUCACACAUCGCCCUCCUCGUUCUCUCACAGACGGUCACGCAGCUGCAACCUCAUGGACCGGCGGCGUUGGUACCGGCUAUUGGGGGGGCGGCUUGGGAGGGUGGGGUGGGGGGAGAGUGGUGUUGUGGAGGGAAGGGGGGGGAGAACGGCAUCGAAGACGCACCAAUCAUAGAACUCGUAAGCGGCCGAAAACGCAAAGCGGAAGAGAUCCUAGAGGGAGGGGUACGGUUGGGAGAUGAUGAUUAUGGAUGGGAUGAGGGUGAUGAAGUGGGGAUGCCGUUGUUGGGACCGCAGACGCAGGGGAGUGAGGAUGUGCUUGUUGUGCCUGGGGAGGAGACGGAGACAGAGGAAGAGGAGGAGGGGUGGGAUGGGGGUGAGGAGGGAGGGAGUGGAGGGGAGACACCUCGAGAUGGGGGGGAGGGUGGGGAUGUGAAUGGUGAGGGCCACACCCUUGUGGGAGCUGGUUUACCGUCGUCCGGUUAUGUGGGUUAG